AUGGUUUCUAAACUGAGCCAGCUGCAGACGGAGCUCCUGGCGGCCUUGCUCGAGUCGGGCCUGAGCAAAGAGGCGCUGAUCCAGGCGUUGGGUGAGCCGGGGCCCUACCUGCUGGCCGGAGACGGCCCCCCGGACAAGGGGGAGUCCUGCGGUGGCGGCAGUCGAGGGGAGCUGGCCGAGUUGCCCAAUGGGCUGGGGGAGACGAGGGGCUCCGAGGACGAGACGGACGACGAGGGUGAAGACUUCACACCGCCCAUUCUCAGAGAGCUGGAGAACCUCAGCCCCGAGGAGGCAGCCCACCAGAAAGCCGUGGUGGAGACCCUGCUGCAGGAGGACCCAUGGCGUGUGGCUAAGAUGGUCAAGUCCUACCUGCAGCAGCACAACAUCCCGCAGCGGGAGGUGGUCGACACCACCGGCCUCAACCAAUCCCACCUGUCCCAGCACCUCAACAAGGGCACCCCCAUGAAGACGCAGAAGCGAGCCGCCCUGUACACCUGGUACGUCCGCAAGCAGCGAGAGGUGGCCCAGCAGUUCACCCACGCAGGGCAGGGUGGGCUGAUUGAAGAGCCCACGGGUGAUGAGCUACCAACCAAGAAGGGUCGGAGAAACCGUUUCAAAUGGGGCCCAGCAUCCCAGCAGAUCCUGUUCCAGGCCUACGAGAGGCAGAAGAACCCCAGCAAGGAGGAGCGGGAGGCGCUGGUGGAGGAGUGUAACAGGGCGGAGUGCAUCCAGAGGGGGGUGUCACCGUCACAGGCGCAGGGGCUGGGCUCCAACCUCGUCACAGAGGUGCGUGUCUACAACUGGUUUGCCAAUCGGCGCAAGGAAGAAGCCUUUCGGCACAAGCUGGCCAUGGACACGUACAGCGGGCCGCCACCAGGGCCAGGCCCAGGCCCUGCGCUGCCUGCCCACGGCUCCCCUGGCCUGCCCCCACCGGCCCUCUCCCCCGGUAAGGUCCACGGAGUGCGCUAUGGACAGCCUGCAAGCAGUGAGGGGGCAGAAGUGCCCUCAAGCAGUGGUGGUCCCUUGGUGACAGUGUCUGCACCCCUGCAUCAAGUGUCCCCCACGGGUCUGGAGCCCAGUCACAGUCUGCUGAGCACAGAAGCCAAACUGGUCUCAGCCAGUGGGGGCCCGCUGCCCCCAGUCAGCACCCUGACAGCACUGCACAGCUUGGAGCAGACAUCUCCGGGCCUCAGCCAGCAGCCCCAGAACCUCAUCAUGGCCUCGCUUCCCGGGGUCAUGGCCAUAGGGCCUGGUGAGCCUGCCUCCCUGGGCCCCACGUUCACCAACACGGGUGCCUCCACCCUGGUCAUUGGCCUGGCCUCCACGCAGGCGCAGAGCGUGCCGGUCAUCAACAGCAUGGGCAGCAGCCUGACCACCCUGCAGCCCGUCCAGUUCUCGCAGCCUCUGCACCCUUCCUACCAGCAGCCGCUCAUGCCCUCCGUGCAGAGCCACGUGGCCCAGAGCCCCUUCAUGGCCACCAUGGCCCAGCUGCAGAGCCCCCAUGCCCUCUACAGCCACAAGCCCGAGGUGGCCCAGUACACCCACACGGGCCUGCUUCCGCAGACCAUGCUCAUCACCGACACCACCAACCUGAGCGCCCUGGCCAGCCUCACACCCACCAAGCAGGUCUUCACCUCAGACGCUGAGGCCUCCAGUGAGUCCGGGCUUCACACACCAGCGUCCCAGGCCGCCACCAUCCACAUCCCCAGCCAGGACCCUGCUGGCAUCCAGCACCUGCAGCCCACCCAUCGGCUCAGCGCCAGCCCCACCGUGUCCUCCAGCAGCCUGGUGUUGUACCAGAGCUCCGACUCCGCCAACGGCCAUGGCCAUCUGCUGCCGUCCAACCACAGCGUCAUUGAGACCUUCAUCUCCACGCAGAUGGCCUCUUCCUCCCAGUAA